AUGACUUGCACUGUUAUAGCAUCUUUAAAAUUUAUAUACUUUCCAGAGUCCCUCAAAUUUACCUUGACUUAAGGUAAUUAUGAAAGAGCAAAGAUUGAUUCUAAAAAGAUUAUGGAGGAAAACGGAGAUAGAUUGGUUGAUUAUCUAAAUGUUGCAGAACUUAUUGAUAAAUAUGCCUAGUAAUAAGAAUAAUAACAAGAAGUAAGCAAGGCAGAUUAGAUAAAAGUAGAAAAGUAAAGCAUUUUUAAACUUUUCUUCACUACGAAAUAUACCAUAUGGAAUUUAUCGCUUAUAGUUAUAUGCUGGAUUUCAACAAGCACCUCAUUUUUCAUUUUCAACUUCUAUAUCAAGUACAUAUAAGCCAACAUAUAUGUCAUUGGUGUUGCAAUGGGUUUUUCUUGCUUUGGAUAUCUGUACUCUGACAUAGUAGUCUAGAGGCUGGGAUUUUUACGAUGCUUAAGUAUCUCAUAUGGUGUUGCCUCCAUUUUGAUAAUCUUGAUAAUUUUUAUUGACCCAAAUUCAAUCAGCGUGUACAUAUAUGCUCUUAUUUUUUUCAUGCUGAAAUCUUUUGUGUGCAUGAGUUUUUCAGGGAUAUAUGUGUCUCAUAUAUAUCUAUUUGAUUCUCGAAUCCUUGCAACUAGCUACGGUAUUUGUGGAGUAUUUUCAAGGAUUGCUAUGCUUUUUAUUCCGAUUGUUGUUGAGAUACCAAACAAAUCAAUCCCCCUAAUUAUUCUUAUGAUCAUGAAUAUGGCUGCUUUUGGAGCUAGUUUUCUUCUUAAAAAGAUUGAUUAAUGA